AUGCUGACCGGCAUGGUCCGACCCGUCUACAAAUCGUCAGCCGAGGCACUCACCUCUAUCCACGGCAACGGAGGACCCCAAUCAGUCGCAGCCAUCGACGGCACGGAAACCACAAUCUUCGGCGCAAUGUACCUCAACGGCAUUGCAGCCGGAGCAUUCCAAGUCGAGCACGUCGUUCUGAACGCACACCCGUCCUCCUCCGUCCUGCCCGCUCUACUAGUCUACGCCUCCACCUCGAACACAGCCACCACCGGCGAGGACUUCCUCACCGCCCUCGCCGCAGGCUACGAAGUCUGCGCGCGCAUCGGUCUCGCAUUGGGAGCCUCGGUAGAAGACGAGCGCGGCUUUCACAACCCGACCAUCAACGGGCGACUUGCCGCCGCGGCAGCAGUGGGCAACCUCCUCGAUUGGGACGCCGAGAUCAUCGCACGACGAAUGCCAAGACGAAGCAGAUCCAUCCGGGCCACGACGGACCUUUGGGCAUCGAGGCAGCGCUCAUGGCUCGCGCGGGCCUGGGGGGGACCGCCUGAUGUGUUGGGGAACGAGAUGGAGUUCUUGCACGUCUUCUCGCCGGAACCGAACGCUACCGCGCUCGCGGAUCAGCUUGGUGAUCGUUGGGAUUGUGAGGCGACGACGGCGAAGCACCAUUUCAUGCACUCGAGAUUCCAAACGCUCGUCUCCGGCAUCCAGAAUCACAAGAAGCGAGACCCUUGGGACAAGGAAGUCAAGGGCGUCACGGCGUACGUCGGCCCUCGUCUCUUGCGAGAAUCGCAUCAGAUCGCUCACCCCGAGACGCUUGACCAAGCACAGUACAGCGUCUUGUUCUGCCUUAUUGCCGCGGUACUACUGGAUUUGAGCAGUCCGUUUAUCUUCAACGAUCCUCUGGUCGGGGAUGAAGCUGUGAAGAAGUUCGCAGGAGAGGUCGUCAUUGAGCAAGUCUAUAACGACGAGAGGACAGAGGCCGGAUAUGUCAUUGUGUCGUCUCCUGAUGACAGCACUGUGAACAUCACCGCGCCGUACAGCGGGUACACCGGGCUGUACGAAAAACCUAAUUUCCUUGAGGCCUUGGUGGAUAAGUAUAACCGAACUACCAAGGCCCUAAGUGUGGAAGGCGCUGCACAGUCCCUGCGCUCUUUGGUUGAGUAUAUGUGGAUGGAAACAAACAUAUCUCACGUAUAUAACGAGAUCGUGAAGGUUGGAGAAGAGGCCCGCUCAAACUACUCCAAACUAACCGUAACCCUCAAGAGUUCAUUUCGCGCCCCGGACGGCACCUUGUGGACCGCCGGGGAUGACGUGAGCGAAUACUACCGCGGCUGGGGCUUCACCAUCUACCGCACCGCCUACGGCCCGGCCACCGACGCGCAGUGGCCCACCCUCCUCGACAAGAUCCGAGUCCAGGUCGUUUCCGAGAUAGACUGCUACGUCGAGGCCGGCGAGGAGGACCUCGCCGCACAGCUCAAGUCUCUCUUCGUCCUCGACGCCCGCUCCGACGCCGCCCUGCUCGCGGACAUGACCAUGGGCGAGGUGCGCAAGAUUUACAAACAGGCGGCGGUGACCAGUCGCAGCUCCUGA